UGAGAUAGCAAGAUAAUUUUUUUCGUGCAUUUACAGCCUGAGCCCUGACAGCUGAAAACACCAUUUCCGUCCACCGGGACCUCUCUGUUCCCCUGGCCUCGCCCUUUCUCUCUCACUAUCUCUUUUAUGAUAAUCUCUCUCUCUCUCUCUCUCUCUCUCACACACACAUCUCCCCCUUUCAAAGAAUCAAGCUAACAAAGUAACGAUAAAGUGAUUCCCCACACACACAGAAGGAGGGAGGGAGAGAGAGAGCGCGCAGCUGGAUCUCUGUACCUCUCCUCCCCCUUCCACUUUCUCACUCCACUUGAGAGAAUAAAGGGGGAGAAAAAAAAACCAGCUUUUACAGUUCAAUUCAUUAAAAGAUGUCAUCGUCAGAUGAUCCUUUCCUACUCCACCACCAAAACCUGCUCUAUCACGUUCCUCAACAGAGCAGGAGAGAGAAACUCCGCUUCCAGCCCGACAACCCUUGCCUUUCCAACCCCAUGGCUCACUUCCCCACCGGAACUGGUUUACUGCAGAUCCAGCCGCCGCAAGGCAGCUUCUCUCUGACUCUAUCUCCGGCGGCCGCCCUUCUCCCGCUCGGACCGUUCACGGGCUACUCCGCCGUGCUGACCAGGUUUUUGACCCCGGCUCGGCAGCUUUUGGAGGAAGUUUGCGAGGUUGCCGCAGCCCCGCGGUUCGCCGGAGAUUCACCGGAAGUCAUGUCGUUGGAUUUUGAGGUGGCGCAGGAAGAGCAACAGUGGAAGAAAGCUCGGCUUUUGUCCUUGAUUGAUGAGGUCUGUAGAAGAUACAGGAUAUAUUAUCAACAGGUGCAAAAUGUUAUCACAUCAUUUGAAAUGGUAGCCGGGUUGAGCACUGCUGCCCCAUAUGUUUCAUUGGCUCUCAAGGCCAUGUUCAAGCACUUCAGGUGUUUGAAAGAUGCAAUGUCUAAACAACUUAACCUUAGCCACAGGGAUUCAGCGAAGCAAGGCAUCGGCCGAACGGAGAUUUCUACCAUUGGUACGUGUUUACGACAAGAUGGGAACAACCUUGAUUCCUAUAGGCAGCCGCAUACGUGGCGACCACAAAGGGGACUCCCCGAGCGUGCAGUGGCUGUACUUCGUGCAUGGUUAUUCGAACAUUUCUUGCACCCGUAUCCCACAGAUGUAGAUAAGCAAAUGCUUGCCAAGGAAGCAGGUCUGACAAGAAACCAGGUCUCUAACUGGUUCAUAAACGCAAGAGUUAGGCUAUGGAAGCCAAUGGUUGAAGAAAUACACAACCUUGAAAUUAGGCAGCUUCAGAAAACCCUAGACCCUAAUGAUAAAACCCUAAUGGCUGAUCAAAAGGAAGCUUCCAAACCCUCUUCAUCUAUUGCAACUGCCGCAAGUAACCAACCACCUCAAAACAACUGCAUCCAAAGGAACCAAAAUCCCUAUUCCAGAUCUCUAAACAAUGAACUUUCUUACAUUGAAGAACCGUGCAACUACACGUACAAUGAUUUCGCCUGCCGCGAUAUCGGACGGAACGCAGGUAGUGUUUCUCUGACGCUCGGCCUUCAUCAAGACGGCGGCGGCAUUCACUUGCCGGAGCCGCUUCCGUUGAAUGUUGCUCGACGAUUUGGGCUUGAUGAUUGCAAUGAUGCUUAUGUUGUUGGUGGAUUUGAAGGGCAAGAGAGGGGGUUUGGGAAGGAUGUGGGUGGACAUCUGCUUCAUGAUUUUGUUGGUUAAUGAAGUUAUAUGAAGAUUGUUAAGAUUAUUUUAACGUAUGAGCUCUGUUGAUUAAAGUUAUUUGCUUAAUUGCAUGUAUACUACAGCCUAUGUUUUAUCUGUGAUAAUUGUUUGUAUUGCAUGCUGCAGAUGCAUGCAGAAGUAUUGCCAAAUUAGUACCACUCAAUUCCUCUUCAGCUACAUUUCUAACAACUAAGCUGUACUUUUUUAUAUUUAUAG